AUGGCUCCCAAACUCACGAUUUCAACCACCGUGCGCCUGGCUUCAGGAUACGAGAUGCCGCGCCUAGGUCUCGGCGUCUACCAAACCCCGGCAGACAAAUGCGAGGCCCUUGUACUUCACGCCUUUUCGAAGGGCUAUCGACACAUCGACUCCGCCACCGCCUAUCGCAAUGAGCGGCCUUGUGCCACUGCAAUCGCCGCAUCCUCUCUCUCCCGCACCGAGGUCUUCUUUACGACAAAGCUACCACCACGGCUUCGCGGAUACGAAGAAACUAAGAAGUCCCUCAACAAUGUCAUCACCUCCAACCCAGAGCUCGAGGGUUACAUCGACCUGUACCUUAUCCAUGCUCCGUACGGCGGGCGCACCGCGCGCCUUGGCGAAUGGAAAGCCAUGGUCGAAGCACACAAAGAGGGCAAGAUUCGCUCCUUGGGCGUGUCAAAUUAUUCCGUGGAUCAUCUAAACGAAUUGUGGAAAUACAUUCAUGAAGAGGGUGGUGGAGGUGUUCUGAGCGUGGGGCAAUGGGAGGUCACACCGUGGCUGGGGAGAAGGGACAUCAGAAAGUGGUGUGAAGAGAGAGGGGUGGUGGUGCAGGCUUAUUCGCCGUUGGUGAGGGCUACGAGAUUUGGAGAGCCGGUGGUGAGGAGUCUGGCCGAGAGGUAUGGGGCGACGCCUGCGCAGGUAUUGGUGAGGUGGAGUUUGCAGAUGGGGCUUGUACCGCUCCCGAAGUCAGUCCAUCCUGAGAGGAUCACAGAGAAUGCUGACGUUUAUGGGUUCGAGCUUUCAAAAGAGGAGAUGAAAGAGUUAGAGACCGAUGAGUAUAGUCCAUGUUCCUGGGAUCCUACGAAGGAGCCUUUGUAA